GCUGGCCCUGCUCCUCGGGGCCGCGCUGGGCUCUGCCCGGGCCACGGUGUAUUUCCAGGAGCAGUUUCUGGACGGAGGCAACUGGCAGAAGAGGUGGAUGAAUUCUGAGUCCAAGGCAGACCUUGGGAAGUUUAAACUCACUGCAGGCAAGUUUUACGGCGAUCCAGUGCAAGAUAAAGGUCUACAAACUAGUGAAAAUUCUAAAUUUUACGCUAUCUCCUCACGAUUUAAACCAUUUAGUAACAAAGGGAAGACUCUGGUCAUUCAGUAUACUGUGAAACAUGAGCAGAAGAUAGAUUGCGGUGGGGGAUAUGUUAAGAUUUUUUCCUCAAACUUGGACCAGAAGAACCUAAGUGGAGAUUCACAUUAUUACAUCAUGUUUGGGCCAGAUAUUUGUGGAUCUGAGACAAAGAAAGUCCAUGUUAUUUUAAAUUACAAGAAUAAACCCCAUCCAAUCAAGAAACUGAUCAGAUGCAAGGUUGAUGGAUAUACACAUCUAUAUACUUUGAUUAUAAGGCCAGAUCAGACUUAUGAAGUAAAAAUUGAUAACAAAAUGGUUGAAUCUGGCAACUUAGAAGAUGAUUUAGAAUUUUUGCCACCGAGGAAGAUUAAUGAUCCAGCAGUGAGGAAACCCACUGAUUGGGAUGACCGAAUCCAAAUUGAUGAUCCAAAUGACAUCAAACCUGAGGAUUGGGAUGAACCUGAAUACGUUAUGGACACUAGUGCUGAGAAACCUGAAGAUUGGGAUGACACUGUGAAUGGAGAAUGGCAUUAUCCUGUGGUCAAGAACCCUCUAUACAGAGGGGAAUGGAAACCAAGGCAGAUCGAUAACCCAAAUUAUAGAGGAGUUUGGCCUCAUCCACAGAUUGAUAAUCCAAAUUACUCACCAGACUUCAGUAUCUACAGCUAUGAAAAUAUUAGCGUCAUUGGACUAGAUAUCUGGCAGGUGCGAGCUGGCACAAUUUUUGACAACUUCUUGAUAACAGAUGAUGAGGUUUAUGCAGAAGACUUUGGAGAUGAAACAUGGGGAGAAACAAAGGGUCCUGAAAAGGAAAUGAAUGUAAAGCAGACUGAGGAAGAGCAAGAGAGAGAAAGGGCUACAGAAGAAAAAUACUUUGAGCAGCGGUUUAAGAAAAGGCUAGAGAGAAAAAACGUAUCUGGAAAGGAUAGAGCG